AUGAAGGCAUUUCUUGCACGGGAUAGAGUUGCCGAGUCGGCUUCUACGUCCGAUGACGAGACCGUGGUCGCCGUACAAGAUGGAGUCCGCUUGAAUGCCGCGGGCUACAAGGAUCAAUUAAAUCGCCAAUAUGGUUUCUUUGGACUGGCAAGCAUGGCUCUGACGGUGGACAACGCCUGGGUUGCCUUGGGAUCGUCCAUUUCUGUGUCAAUUCUCAACGGUGGCCCACCCGGCAUCAUUUACGGCCUCCUCGUCGCCGUCUUUUACUACUCCCUCAUCGGCUUGAGUUUAUCAGAGCUCGCUUCAGCAGUCCCCACGGCGGGCGGCGUCUACCACUGGGCCACCAUCGCCGGCGGUCCUCGCUGGGGCCGAGUCCUCGGUUUCUUCACCGGGUGGAUCAACUUCUACGGCUGGCUCUUCUCGCUCGCAGCCCUGCUGCAGAUCUCGAGCAAUGUGGCCGUGAGCAUGUACGCCGUCUGGAACUGGGACACCUACGUCAGCCAGCCCUUCCACGUCUUCAUCGGGUACCUCAUCAUCCUCUGGGGGUGCGCGGCCUUCAUUGUUUUUGCCAACAAGUAUGCUCCGUACACCCAGCAAGCCGGAACGAUAUUCGUAUUGAUCGGCGGCGUCGUCACCAUUGUCGUUCUGGCGGCGAUGCCGAAGCAACAUGCGAGUAAUCACUUUGUAUGGGGCUCUUUCGACGAGAAUAAUACCACAGGGUGGUCAGGGGGCGUUGCUUUUCUCCUGGGUGUUCUUAACGGCGCCUUCACGAUUGGGACUCCUGACUCGGUAACCCACAUGGCUGAAGAGAUGCCACAUCCCAAAAAGGAUCUCCCAAAGGCUAUCCUUUUGCAGAUAUCCCUGGGCUUCGUUUAUGCCUUCUGCUUCGCCGUCGCAUUGUCGUACGCAAUCACGGACAUUACGGCUCUCCAAGGAGGCUUCAACUCUUUCCCGCUGACCAACAUUUACGUGCAAGCCACUACCAGCAGCAAUGGAAUCCGGAACCCAGGCGCAGCGUUUGGUCUGCUAUUCAUCAUGCUGGGUUGCGUCGUCGCAACCGGACUGGGCGCCAUACCCCUCGGAAGCUCAGCAGCCUUCCUAGCACUGGCAAGCUCGUUCAUCAUUCUGACAUCCGUCUCAUACGCCAUCCCAUUCGCAGCGAACAUGCUCUCGGGGCGAAAGUACUUCCCUCGUGGACCCUUCCAUCUGGGAAAGGCGGGAUACAUCAUCAACGGACUGGCCGUGCUAUUCAUUGUGUUGUUUGAUAUCAUGUUUUGUUUCCGCACCAGCUUCGGCACAAUGGGAUCAUCCUCUUCAAAAGCCGCGCAAGGCGCCGCGCGCAAAUUCCCGACCCGCGCUCCGGGCGCUGUACCACCACCGUCAACCGCCGCGAGAGCAGCUCCCGCUGCCCCUCCGACGCAGCCCGCGCAGGCUCAGUCGCGGGCGAAGACGGCGACACUCAAACCAGAGGAUCUCACGUCCGCCACAACCACCACAAAUCCCGAAGUCACCGCCGAAUUCUCCUCGCGCCUCCGCCAAAUGGGCAUCGUCCAGCCGAACCCAACCUUCUCCUCCACAUCAACAGCCAGCGCCGGCCCCGGUCCCGUCGCAGGCAGCCGCCCCGGCCCAAGUCCUCACGCAGACUUGAUCCAGAACCCGGGCCCCUUAUUCCCUUCCACAUCCCGCAACGCGACGCUCGGCACCCUCGAAGCCAGGCGUCGGCUGCAGCAGGAAGCCGAUGCUGAGUUUGACGGGCUCGGACGCAGUAGCAGCGGCGGCAGAGAGUUUCUGGAUUUGAAGACGAUUAUCCAGAUGCACCUCAUGCGCGAGAGGGGACACUCGCCCGCUGAGAUUGAGGCGAGGUUAGAUUUGAAGGCUGGGGUUGUUGCGAGGUUGGGUCGGAUUGGGAUCACGUCGCCUGCUUGA